GUAGCAAUCAACAUCGGAUUUACCUACUCAGCCAUCGAACUCGCCUAUUAUCGCCAUAGAGAUUCGUUCCUGGGAAUCUUUCGUUAUUAUCGAUCCUCGAUUUAUCUUUCUACACACGACCACCUUAUCCGGCCACUCGUUCCGUCUAUCCGUGCCACUCUCAUCGGAGCCUUAGGCGUAAGCAUAUCAAUCAACAUGAAGCCAAUCUUCUCUGCCUUGAACGCUUGGAGCUGUGUUGUCAUUUCAUUCUUCGCCGUUAUCAUUCUAUCUAUUCUCGGAUCACUAUACAACUCAAAUCAUCCUGCAUUCACCGGAUCAGAAGGUACCCCCGAAGAUGGCACGGUGGUAGCCGGCUCGAUUUUCACUGCCGUGAUCAUUUAUGCUGGCUUCUUCGUAUUCUGCGCUUUCCAGGCAUAUUUGCACGUUCGAGCGAAUCGGAGGGGUGUUAUUUCCUUGAACUAGAUUGCCUUUUUUUUUACUUCGAUAGAUACCAUACAUAUGUCAAUGUUUGCUUCUCUGUUAUUGGCGGAAAUAUUUCAAAAUGUGCAAGUUUCAUCCGGGAUACAGAGUUCUUAUUUUUUAAGACUUUCCAUCCGUAAUGGAUCUUUCUUUGAUUGGCGUUGGGUGUAAUUGGCGAUUGUGAAGUAUAGUUUAUGCAUGUCCUAUGCUUUAUAUAUGUUGCUCCUUGUUGUUUACAUAUCUACUGCGAGCUUGGUUCAUCGAAUCUGUAUAUGCCCUGGACUAGACAGGUGCAUCC